GCUCACUUUCUCAAGGUACAGUAAGUGUUUUAAUUGAACCAAGUCUAUCUGGCUUCAAGGCCCAUUCUAUUUCUGUAUGAUAUACCUCACUACCUCAUCAGUAAUGAACUUGUGACAUUUGCUAAGGAAAGAUGGGCUUCUUGGUGUCAUCUGUGAUGAAUUUCUAUGGUUUCUCUAGAUAACUAUGUACCUGGAUGGUAUGUCACAAUAUCUAGUCUAAUUUCUGUUUUGACACUACAUGAGGAUUCCAAGUGAUUUUAAAAGACUAUUUUCCCUUCUACAAAUGUACUCUUCCUUACUAUAACUUUGGUGCCAGCAUGAUAAAUAAGUAAUAAAGUAGGAGAGAUAAAUAAAGCUCCCCCAGGCAUAGAAUCCUUAGAUUGGGAAGUGACAAACUUCAUAUUCCUAAUGCAGAAAAGUGCUUGUAUCAUGGGCCAGUUUCAUCCACUCCUGCAUAAACUCCUUGGAGAAUGCACCAUUGUGAGCAAAUUAAGAACUCCACAAUCAAGAUUAGGAGAGGCUAGGUCAGAUAAAAUAACAAGACACUCAAAUUCUCAGUAGCCAAAACAAAGGACUACUUUAAAAGACGGUAAGACUCCAAUUCCCUCACAAGAUGGAUGGGUCUCCACUUGUGUUCUUUCUCACUCAGGGACCCAGGGGAGGAGGAGGUGCUCUGGAGAAUUGCAGGUUGCCUUAGGCAUUGGUGAAAGAGCAUGGCAAAGCUUGCAGUGUUUAUAAGAUCUCCACUAGAAAGUGGUAUCUAUCACUGGCCGAAACAAGUAACCUGAGUGAGUCUGACUUCAAGAGGGAAGGGAGAGGCAGCAAGUCUUGACCUUCAGUAAAGCAGAAUACCACAGAGACCUUCCAUCCAUUGACCAGCACCUGGUUCUUUUCAGAAUUUUUGCUACUAUCUGGAGUCUUGUUUGUUAGCUCAGACUCCACACUGCCUCAAACAAGCUAGGAACCUUUCUCUCUCCAUAUCUUGCCUUUUCCCUCAUGAGUUAUUCCCUUCUGGUUUUCAAUUGAUCAAUGUUUAUUUGAACAUCUAUAUGAAAACCCUGCUUUUAAAUGCUGUGGAUAAUGUAGGAGUGAGUUUAAGUCUCAUGCUUCAAAAUCCACAUAUAAAUCGUUUUUCCCAUAAAGCCUUUCUUGAUGACUACAGCCCAUACCAAGUGUUCUGAAUUCCUUUACUGUCUCAAAUGUAACUGCCCCUCUAUUUAGGACAGUGCUGUUCUACAGCAUUUUGUAAUGUGUUUUCUUGUUGAAUGUUUGUUUCUCUCACUGAAUUACAAACUCAGAGUCAAAGCAGUAUUUCCUAUGACUGCUCUAUGACCCUCACUGUCAAAACAUUGCAAAAGACCAGGCACAGAAGCGUUUAAUCCUUUUUAAACUUAAGUGUCUAAAGAAGAAGGAACUGACAAACUUCAGGAAGUAGCUGUGAGGAUGGGGUGGCAGGAAAUGACAAAAGCCUGAAUACGGAACUGAAGCGGCAGCUCAGUUUCUCACUCCAAAGUGGCAGCAGCCAGAGAGGGAGUCGGUGUGGACGUGAGGAGCCGGACGCUUAGAACAGAGGCUCGCACAGGUGGAGAUGUGGAAGUCUGUAGUGGGCCAUGAUGUGUCUGUUUCCGUGGAGACCCAGGGUGAUGACUGGGACACAGAUCCUGACUUUGUGAAUGACAUCUCUGAGAAGGAACAACGGUGGGGAGCCAAGACCAUCGAGGGCUCUGGACGCACAGAACACAUCAACAUCCACCAGCUGAGGAACAAAGUAUCAGAGGAGCAUGAUGUUCUCAAGAAGAAAGAGAUGGAGUCGGGACCCAAAGCAUCCCAUGGCUAUGGAGGUCGGUUUGGAGUAGAAAGAGACAGAAUGGACAAGAGUGCAGUGGGCCAUGAGUACGUUGCUGAGGUAGAGAAGCACUCUUCUCAGACGGAUGCUGCCAAAGGCUUUGGGGGAAAGUACGGAGUUGAGAGGGACAGAGCAGACAAGUCAGCAGUCGGCUUUGAUUAUAAAGGAGAAGUGGAGAAGCACACAUCUCAGAAAGAUUACUCUCGUGGCUUUGGUGGCCGGUACGGGGUGGAGAAGGAUAAACGCGACAAGGCAGCUCUGGGAUAUGACUACAAGGGAGAGACGGAGAAACACGAGUCCCAGCGAGAUUAUGCCAAGGGCUUUGGUGGUCAGUAUGGAAUCCAGAAGGACCGAGUAGAUAAGAGCGCUGUCGGCUUCAAUGAAAUGGAGGCCCCGACCACAGCUUAUAAGAAGACAACACCCAUAGAAGCCGCUUCUAGUGGUGCCCGUGGGCUGAAGGCAAAAUUUGAGUCCAUGGCUGAGGAGAAGAGGAAGCGAGAGGAAGAGGAGAAGGCACAGCAGGUGGCCAGGAGGCAACAGGAGCGAAAGGCUGUGGCAAAGAUGAUCCCUGAGGCUCCAGAGCCAGGGGUAGCUGUAGAGGAGCCAGCGGUACCAGCCCCACUGCCCAAGAAAAUCUCUUCAGAGGCCUGGCCUCCAGCUGGGACUCCUCCAUCAUCAGAGCCUGAGCCUGUGAUAACCAGCAGGGAAAAUCCAGCGCCGUUGCUGCCCGUGAGGCUGACUCUCCCGGAGGACAACGAGGAGCCCCCUGCUCUACCCCCUAGGACUCCAGAAGGCCUCCAGGUGGAGGAAGAGCCAGUAUAUGAAGCAGAGCCUGAGCCCGAGCCUGAGAAUGACUAUGAGGAUGUUGGGGAUAUGGACAGGCCUGAGCAGGAGGAUGAACCAGAGGGGGACUAUGAGGAGGUGCUUGAGCCUGAAGGGUCUUUUUCCUCCACUCUGGCUGGAUCAUCGGGCUACCAGGCUGGGGCUCUGGGGAUCUCAGCUGUGGCCCUAUAUGAUUACCAAGGAGAGGGAAGUGAUGAGCUUUCCUUUGAUCCAGAUGACGUCAUCACUGACAUUGAGAUGGUGGACGAGGGCUGGUGGCGGGGACGUUGCCAUGGCCACUUUGGACUCUUCCCUGCAAAUUAUGUCAAGCUCCUGGAGUGACUGGAGCUAGCUGUCUGCUGCAACUGUGAUUUCCCAUGUCCAGAGUGGCUCUGCCUCCACCCCUUCCCUAUUCCUGCUGCAAAUCUUUGACCAGAUGAGGUCCUAGGCAGACUUCCCUCUCCCGCUUCAUUAAGGGCUUAGGGCAGAGACAGCAUGGGGAAGGAGGUCCCCUUCCCCAGAAUCCUCUCUACCCUGGAUGAACUCAUAGACAUUUCUUUUGUGGUCCUGCCUCCUUCCACAUGAACACCUCUCUGCCACCCCAAGCUCUGCUCUCCACCUCUGUGAGCUCUGGGCUUCCCGGUUUGUUUACUUGGGAAAGUAUGUCUAGAUUGUGUGGUUUGCCUGGUUGUGCUAUUUGCUCACUUUCCUUCCCUGAAGAAAUAUCUCUAAACCUUUUUUCUCUUCAGCCCUAAAAUUCUAAAUAAAGUAGGAUUGUGGUCACCU